AUGGGUUGUGGAGCUAGUGUGCCAGUGGACGAAGAAAACGACCCCUUUUUGCAAGACAAGCAAAUCAACGACGCCAUAGAGCAAUCGCUCCAUUUGAACAAGGCCAACUCCAAAAAGGGAGUCAAGUUGCUCUUGCUCGGUGCUGGUGAAUCGGGCAAGUCCACCGUGCUCAAACAGCUCAAAGUCUUGCACAAGGGCGGGUUCACCCAACAAGAACGAAUGCAAUAUGCUCAUAUCAUAUGGUGCGACGUUAUUCAAUCGAUGAAGAUCUUGAUUAUUCAAGCGCGUAAGUUGAAAAUCCAAUUGGACUGCGACCAGAUGAACUCGUAUUUGAUCCCCUAUAAACAAUGCGUGUUGCGAAGCGAUGCCUUGACUCAGAUCGAUACGGGUGUCGCGGGAGGCACCAAUUUCCUAAAUGACUACAUCUUGAAAUACGAUGAAAAGAGUAAAAUGAAGCGUAAAUUGAAUAGCACGGGUCUUGUUGAGGCUCUAAGUGAGGAGGCCGCCAGGAGUGACGCAAUUGAUAAUGAUGGUGAUGAUGGAGUUGACGUGGAACAGAUCAACCAGUUGCAAAAUCUGUAUUCGAGCCUGAACCUCAACCUGCAACCCAGGAAGGAGCUAGGCACCGCCGAGACAAGUAACGGAAGUAAGGAAGCCCGCUACUCCCGCAAAGACAUUGCUCAAGCUAUACACAAACUAUGGACCGAAGACUCCGGCAUCAAGAAAUGCUUUGAACGAAGCAACGAGUUCCAAUUUGAAAGCAGCGCCGAGUACUACUUCAACAACGUGUUCAACUUUGCUGACCCCUACUAUGUGUGCUCGGACUUGGAUAUCCUCAAAGGUAGAAUCAAGACGACGGGCAUCACCGAGACCAACUUCACCAUCAAGUCGUUCCAGUUCAAAGUGUUGGACGCGGGAGGACAGCGCAGCGAGCGCAAGAAAUGGAUCCAUUGCUUCGACGAUAUUACGGCGGUGUUGUUUGUGUUGGCGAUAAACGAAUACGACCAGAUGUUAUUCGAGGAUGAGCGCGUCAAUCGAAUGCACGAGUCCAUCAUCUUGUUUGAUCGCUUGUGCAACUCGAAAUGGUUCGCGAAUACCCCCUUUAUCUUGUUUUUGAACAAGACCGAUUUGUUUGAAGCUAAAAUCAAACGAAAUCCACUUGUCAAGUAUUUCCCUGAUUACAUGGGCAAGAGUGAUGACGUUAACGAAGCCAUCAAUUUCUUUGAAACUAAUUUUUUAAAGAUGAAUAGGACCAAUAAGCCCAUUUACGUGCAUCGCACUUGUGCUACUGAUACCCAGUCGAUGAAGUUUGUGCUUAGUGCCGUGGCCGACUUGAUCAUCCAGCAGAAUUUGAAAAAGAGCGGCAUAUUGUAA